ACUGACGUUUCUCGGUCUGCCCCGAGAUAGACUGGAGAGAAUGGCUGCCAGUGGAGGUUAGCGAAAUCUUCAUUGUUUUGUGUACUAAUCUGACUCGAAUAACGCCCCGUAAAGUUGUAAUUUGUGUGUUUAUCUGAUAGCGGAGGUUCGUCUUGUAUACCAAUGUGAAGUUUCAUGACAUGUUGCGUUCUCGUUGAAAGAGGUCCGGCUCUAAAGGACUCAUCAAAAAGUGUUGGUAACCGUGAGCCUCGCUAGCGCUGUGAAGCUAAUGUUAGCUGUCUGGCUAACUUUCGGCCGGUUAGCUUGGUGCCUCCAGCUGAUCGUGUAAACACUUGCUUAUGACAAGACAUAAGGUCAGAGAAGAUGCCCCCAUAGUCUUUGUAAUAAUUAAAAUACACCAGGGGCCUUGUGUAGCUUUAUCUCUGUGAUAUAAAAACACAAAAUUUUGAAGCAUUUGAGUCUUUAUCGUCCUGAUCACCUCGUAAUGUGUCAAAGGGAGCUCGCUAACAUUAGCUAGUCGCUUAGCUGAAUGCUAAAAGUUAAGCUUGCAUGUCAACUAGCCUACGUCUCCGCGAACAAAGCUGUUACACACGAUAACCAUGCUCCGGAUAAUCUCCGUAAAUCAUUUGUAGUUUUUAAGUUUGAUCUCAUUUUUAAUUUGGCCAUCGGAUGGCUGCUUCAGUCUCUGGGCAAUGUUGCUCCAUGUUAGCAGGCUAGCUCCCACCUGGCCAGACACUAGUUUCAGUCCAGCCUUUGUCCUGUCAAUAAGCAGCACACAACACGAGGUAUCUGUGAGAAAAGUUUUUUUCUUCUUUGACCAGGUAAAAGAAGAGCAAACUAAUUGAUUCGAUGGGGUAGAAACUCACUAUGAGAUGCUAGUAAAAGAAAUCGUCCAAACACGUGUGAAAAGAAACAUGUUUGCUGCUGAUUUCACGAGUUUUAAAGCCCAGACCGUCCGGAUGGCUUGACUCUGUCCCUUGGAAAAAUGAUUUACUCGGCCUAAAAGCUACAAACAAAAACAUGUCAAUACAACAAAAGCACAAGUUAAAAAGUAUUCUUUCACAUAGUCCCAGGAAUACAGGACAAAAUAUAUUCUUUUAAGUGGUUUUUAAACCUACACUGACCAGCCAUGACAUUAUGGUCACCCAGGCACUCUAAUGCAAUCCAAUACAACAGCUCUUCCACAAAUUCUGCCUUUACAGGGCGUUUAAAUGUUCAGUUGUUUGUUGACAUGAUCAGGGAGGUGGUUUUAAUACUUUUAAGAGAGUCAUGGUGUCUUAUAUUGAAAUGUUUUCCUUGUUGUUUGUCCAUUUCAGUUGUAAAAAUGAAGGGAGCAAAUUUACUUUCAAUAUGAUGCACUCCAGUAUGUCUCCAACACUCACUACAGCCUCUAAGUAUCAUUGAAAGAACUGUUAUCACCUGUCUGACCAUGUCAACAGAAACUGUAAAUGUAAGAGCUUUGUAAAGUAGAGUCUAUAGUUGAGCUGUUGUAUUGGCUUAAAUUAUAUUGGUCCUAUCAUCUAAAUACGAUCAUCUAAAACUCUGACAUCGGCUUCUCCUGUUUUUAAAUGCUUUUAAGUGUUGCCAUCAACCAGCGUUUAAUUAAUGGAAAUAAUUGAAUGAAAAUCUUCACAUCUGUGAUAAGAAGGAAUCUCAAGAGGCCAACAAAAUUGCUGUUGAUCAGCAACUUAAAGGGAUAUUCCGUCAUAAAAUUAAGUUAGGGUCAAAUACACCAUAAUACCAAGUUAGAUACCUUGUCAAGAGAUGAAUGUUGCCGACCGCUUGCUUCUCUAGUUUUACUAGCUUCAGUAAUGACAGCACGAUAGCAAAACAGAGAGCCACGCGCUCAACCAAAACGCCACUCUAUAGCCACAAAUAAUGCUCAGAACAGCACCUAACUUCAUCUACAGUACAGUUAGGGUCCUAGCCAUAGUACUAGCCACCAAUCAUCUUUUUAACUUUGCCUAAUUUCUUUAGCAAAGAGAUUAAACACAACUCACCUACUCUUCUCCAGCAGCCGCUUGUUUGUAGGGAGAUCUCAGGCGACUCCAUUACGAACUACAGCGGGGUGACACAGCUCAAGGAAGAACAUUUAUGAUCAUUUCUGGAAAUGCAAUCAGACCAAGAUGCUAAAGCAGAUAAACUACUAUCUGUAGUGCAAAAUGAUUAAUAUGGUGAUUAUUACUUCAAGAAAAUCGUAAAAAAGUAAUUAUAAAGUUGGUAUCACUAGAGAAGCAAGCGGUUGGCAACAUUCAUCUCUCUAGGGGUGUCUAACUCAACGUAACGGUGUGUUUGACCCUAAAUUAAUUUGUUUUAUGAAAAAAAUUGCUCUAUAUCAGUCAGAUAUCAUCACAGGGUCCUGGUGAUAUCUUAAUAGUGUAUAGUGCUGGGUUUACAUUAUCCUUCAAUGCUGUGAUUUUCUUAUGUUUUCUCCUUUUUGUCACUGUGAUUUUUAGAGGUUGGGAAGCUGUUACAAGUUCAAAAUGGGACGCCUCCAAGCACCAACUAUAAUGGGGUAGAUGCUGUUCAUGCCUGUAACAUCCUUCAGCAGCUUAAAGCCUUGUACGAUGAGGCACAGCUCACAGACAUCGUUGUAGAAGUGGAUCAUGGCAAGACUUUCUCGUGUCAUCGAAAUGUCCUUGCAGCAAUCAGUCCCUAUUUUAGGUAAAAUAACAAAUUUUGGUUGUGUACAUGUGUUCAUUUUCUGUACAUUUGAACAAUAACUCAUUGAUUUCAUGUAAUUAGUUCAGUACAGUUUUAAAAUGAGUGUUUCCACUAGGUCCAUGUUCACCAGCGGCCUUACAGAGAGCAGCCAGCGUGAAGUCAGAAUUGUAGGAGUGGAAUCUGAAUCCAUGCACCUGGUCCUGGACUAUGCCUACACAUCCAGGGUCACGCUCUCUGAGUCCAACGUCCAGGCCCUGUUCACUGCAGCCAGCAUUUUCCAGAUUCCUGCACUGCAAGACCAGUGUGCCCAGUUCAUGAUCAGCAGGCUAGACCCCCAGAACUGUAUUGGGGUCUAUAUGUUUGCUGAUGCCUACGGACACCAGGAGCUAAGGGAACGCUCACAGGACUACAUUCGCAAGAAGGUCAGUAUACCUAGAGCCCAGGGUAUGGCUUUUAUAUGUGCGCAUUUUCUUUGUCCUUUAAUAAUCCCGCCAAGUGUGACAUCAUAAGAAUUUUAAUUCCCUAGUUUGUUUGAAACACAACUUAAACCCUUUUUAUGUGUCUGUGGUUUUUAUUGUGGCAGUUUCUGUGUGUGUCAUGGGAGCAAGAGUUCCUGCAAAUGACCAAGGAGCAGCUUGUUAGCAUUUUAAACAAUGAUGACCUCAAUGUGGAGAAGGAAGAGCAUGUCUACGAGAGUAUUGUGCGCUGGCUUGAGCACGAUCUGCCUGGCCGUGAGGCCCACUUAGCUGAAGUUUUUUCCCAAUGCAUCCGUCUGCCCUUACUGGAUGAAGCCUUCCUCAGUCGGAUACCUGCACCCUUUGCUUGUGCUCUGUCUCUGUCUAAGGACCCUGCUGAGGCCAAAACCCGCCUCACUGGCACCAACGGUUGCCCACAGCGCCUGGGUAUGACAGCUUCUGAGAUGAUAAUCUGCUUCGACGCCGCUCACAAACACUCAGGGAAGAAGCAGACGGUGCCUUGCUUGGACACAGCCACAGGAAGGGUGUUCAAGCUCUGUAAACCACCUAAUGAUCUUCGGGAGGUCGGUAUCUUAGUGUCCUCAGAGAACGACAUCUACAUAGCUGGAGGCUACAGACCGAGCAACAGUGAGGUGUCCAUAGAUCACCGGGCAGAGAGUGACUUCUGGCAGUAUGAACAUGCGGGCAAUCGAUGGCUUCCUCGUGCACCUCUGCUGAGAGCAAGGAUAGGCUGCAGGCUAGUGCACUGCUGUGGGAAGCUUUAUGCACUGGGGGGGCGAGUGUAUGAAGGCGAUGGGCGAAAUGCAUUAAAAUCAGUUGAAUGCUAUGAUGCCAGGGACAACUGUUGGACAGCGGUCAGUCCAAUGCCAGUAGCCAUGGAGUUUCACAGUGCUGUGGAGUACAGGGACCGCAUCUAUGUUCUCCAAGGUGAGUCAAUGCUGAUUAAAUCUCACUGAUUGACAGCAGUAGAAUUUUACAGCAGUUUGCUUAAGAUGAAAGUUUGUGUCCUUUUUCUCUUUUCUGCAGGUGAGUACUUCUUUUGCUUCGAUCCACGAAAGGACUACUGGAGUCAUCUCGCCCCGAUGAGUGUCCCUCGCAGUCAGGGUUUGGCUGCCUUGCAUAAGAACUGUAUCUAUUACAUUGCUGGAAUCUGCAGGAACCACCAGCGCACCUUCACUUUGGAGGUCUACGACAUUGAGAAGAACACAUGGAGCCGCAAGAGGGAUCUCCCCUUUGACCAAGCCACGAGCCCAUAUAUCAAGGCCAUGCUUCUGCAAGGAAAACUACACUUGUUUGUACGAGCCACACAGGUCAUGGUGGAGGAACAUGUGUUUCGUACCAGCCGCAAGAACUCCCUUUACCAGUAUGAUGACGAGACAGACGUGUGGGCCAAAGUCUAUGAGACACCAGAUCGCCUCUGGGAUUUGGGUCGCCAUUUUGAAUGUGUGGUGGCCAAACUUUACCCACAGUGUCUUCAGAAAGUGCUUUGAGGAGGCUGGUUUUGUGAACCCAAUCACUGAGGCAGAGAGAGUUGUGUGGUCCUGCCUGCCUUGUGCCUGGUGUUACCUUUUGGUUUGCACCACAAGGACCAUUUUUUUGGUUAAGUCUUAAGUCGUUCAAACAUUAGUUUAACAUGAUCAAAACGGGGGUGCUUUUAAAAGAUUGCAGUAUUUUUUUUUUCUCCAGAUAGCACCAGCUACCCACACUGAUGCUUGUUUAACAAACCGUACAAUGAAUCAUAAGUGCAAUUAUCCUAUUUUUUGCUUAUUGUUGAGCCAUGUUUUUUCUUUCUUUCUUUUUUAUUUUGGUUAUUGUUUUGUGUUAGAUACUUAUAUAGGUAGGGAUUUUUACUAAUGGUAAGCAUGCGAGUGAGGGUAGUGGUAAGAUAAACGUGUGCCCUCUGGAGAUAUGGAUGCUACAUGUCAGCAUAAAGUGAAAAUCUAUAUAAAUAUAUAUAAAUAACUAUAUAAACUAUAUAUAUUCAUACGGGUAAGAUGAGUACCUUAGCUCAUUAGUAGGUUGCUGGCUCUGAGGUGUGUGUUUGUUUUUUUUUUUCUUAUGUGCUCAAGUCCCUCUUUGGCUUAUUUUAUAGACGAGUUUUAAUUUGAAGUGUGCUUGUGAUUUACAUUACCUUAGUGUUUUCAAAGCUUGAAGCUUGUUUGAUAAUUCUUUUUUUCACGGGCGUCAGUGUGUCAAACAGUACACUAUGUGUGGCUUGCAAGCUAUUUUUAGGUUUUAUUUGAGAUUUCAGUUGCAUGGGGUCUCAUACCUCCCACUUUUUCAGUUUGCAUCCAUUUUCUUUUGUCACAUGCGAAGACAACUUAAGUGAAAUGUUAAGAGUACUCUCUCUCCACAUUGGAGAAAUAUGGACGGAGUCAAAUUUGUUGCAACACUAAGUGGAAAGUUCAGACCAACUAACAGGCUUACCUCAGAAACUUCAGAAAUAUUCAGUUAGGAGUAAAGGGACAUUUCAGGCCAUUGUGUGAAAAGCUCAGUUCAGCAUUGAGCUCUGUUGACUUUUUUUUGGCGUUCGAUCAUAAUUAUUUGCAAGAGGUGAAAGAGCCUUGCUCUUCAAUGCCAAAUAAGCAUUUGAGGUCUUGUUAAGGUUGAUCUGGACACUGAAAAUAAUUUUGUGGUAGCAAUAAGUCAUGGAACUGUGAUUAGGCUAUAUUACGUUGUAAUACCUUAGUAAAAGUGCAUUAAUGGUUUUGUGUGCUUGUUUAUGCUAUUGAAAAUCACAGUAGUUCCAAUUACGAUUGCGUGUCUGGUGAAUGGGUGCAAGGUGGAAGUGAUGCGUAACUUAGUGCAGAUCAUUUGAGAUGCCAAUGUGCCUGUGGCUUGAAAAAGGGGCAUCAGAAUCAAAAACUUUUUCUCCUGAUGAAGAAAAUCUGAAAAGUCUUACUCAGCAUUGCACUGAAUCACUCUCCACUUCAGCAGUCCUCCACUGCAAACUUUACAAAGCACCCUACAGAACAAGCAGACUAUACAAAAGGGUGGCUCGGGUCAUGUGCUCACUCAUCCAACAGCCGUGAAUUCGUUUUCACACGCCAUCUCACAGAGGACACAAAUUGUUGGUGCUGCUCUUUUUUUAUUUUGACAAUCUUGUACAGAAGAAUUAAUACCACCACUGAGUGGCGUUCCCUGUGAAAGUGUGACAUUUUCAGUGCCGUCAAUUUCCUCAUGCAGGUUCCUGUGUCAUCUUUGCACUACACAUUUCCAUUUGUGUUUUAUCUUGACAGAGAAUGCCUCUCUAUAGUGAUAAAGGUUUUACAAACCACCGAGCAAUCAUAGAGAUUUACACAGGAAGUAUUACAGGAUGAGUCACAUUCAUUAAGGACGUAAGGAUAUAAUAUAACUUCUCCAAGAGAAGAUCCACUGUUGACUGACUUUGAGUUGAUUUUUUUUCUAUUGACCCAGCUUGAACAAUGCCCUCAUCAAGGGUGAGAAAAGGUUUGAGCUUCAUUCACAUGUCUACAGACGGCCAUUUGAGAACCAGGAACGGAGAACUCUCAGGAUUUCUACUGAUACACAGUACUGUAUUUAAAUGUUUUUGUUAUGUGUAAUAUACUGUACUAUAGGUUUGCUGUACUUGCACAGUUUUUUAAACUUCUUUUCAGUUUCUUUUAUAACUUGAAAAAAUAGAUGUGAUUUUCUUUUUGUUGUCUCCAGUGGCUGUUUUUCCAUUUCUUUGUGUAAUUAUUAUCUAUUUAGUUUUGGUAGAGUAAUCCUGCGUGGUUGAGAAAAAUUGAUUACCUGCACGAGUGCUACGUUUUGAUUUUCUUUUUCCCUCUGUUGUACAGUAGUAUUUCUUUGUAACCUCUCUCUGAAACUAAGCAUUACAGAUCAAGUAACACCGUUGUUACAUCACUCUUUAAACACCAGUCUGGUAACACAACAAGCUAAAAAAAGAAAAAAAAAACUACUCCAUGUUCAAUAUUUAGUGGCCUUGAGCUGCAAUACUUCGCUCAUUCUGGUCAUCUACAUGCAUCGCUUAUUGGUGCUAUCUCAUCGUGCUCUCCAUGGAUUCUCACUUUUUUGCUGGUUUGUCUGCUUUUGGGUUAUGGUGGUGGUUACGCUCAACUGUGAAAUUCACAUUGCACAUAAUUUUAAAAUAAUAAAAAAAUAUUAAAGAUAA